CCCUGAGAACCCACAGCUGCCUGGCCAUGAGCACCACGUUUCUGCAGACUUCUUCCUCCACCUUUGGGGGUGGCUCGACCCGGGGGGGCUCCCUCCUAGUUGGGGGAGGUGGCUUUGGUGGGGGCAGUCUCUGUGGGGGUGGUGGGAACCGCAGUAUUUCAGCUUCUUCUGCUAGAUUUGUGUCCUCAGGGUCUUCAGGGGGCUAUGGGGGUGGCAUGAGCUGCAGCUUCGGUGGAGGGGCUGGUAGUGGCUUUGGGGGUGGCUAUGGAGGUGGCUUUGGAGGUGGCCUUGGAGGCGGUUUUGGUGGUGGCGUGGGUGGUGGCUUUGGCGGUGGCGAUGGCGGCCUCUUCUCUGGCAACGAGAAAGUCACCAUGCAGAACCUCAACGACCGCCUGGCCUCCUACCUGGACAAGGUGCGCGCCCUGGAGGAGGCCAACACGGAGCUGGAGGUGAAGAUCCGUGACUGGUACCAGAAGCAGAGCCCGUCCAGUCCGGAGCGCGACUACAGCCACUACUACAAGACCAUCGAGGAGCUCCGGGACAAGAUCCUGGCGGCCACCAUUGACAACUCUCGGGUCAUCCUGGAGAUCGACAAUGCCAGGCUGGCUGCGGACGACUUCAGACUCAAGUAUGAGAACGAGCUGGCCCUGCGCCAGAGUGUGGAGGCCGACACCAACGGCCUGCGCCGGGUGCUGGACGAGCUGACCCUGGCCAGAGCCGACCUGGAGAUGCAGAUCGAGAGCCUGAACGAGGAGCUGGCCUACCUGAAGAAGAACCAUGAGGAGGACAUGAAGGAGUUCAGCAGCCAAGUGGCAGGCCAGGUCAACGUGGAGAUGGACGCAGCCCCCGGCGUGGACCUGACCCGCGUGCUGGCGGAGAUGAGGGAGCAGUACGAGGCCAUGGCGGAGAAGAACCGGCGGGAUGCUGAGCAAUGGUUCUUCAGCAAGACGGAGGAGCUGAACAAGGAGGUGGCCUCCAGCACAGAGAUGAUCCAGACCAGCAAGUCGGAGAUCACAGACCUGAGACGCACCAUGCAGGGUCUGGAGAUCGAGCUGCAGUCCCAACUCAGCAUGAAAGCCGGCCUGGAGAGCUCGCUGGCCGAGACGGAGUGCCGCUACGCCACGCAGCUGCAGCAGAUCCAGGGGCUCAUCAGCAGCAUCGAGGCCCAGCUGAGUGAGCUCCGCAGCGAGAUGGAGUGUCAGAACCAGGAGUACAAGAUGCUGCUGGACAUCAAGACCCGGCUGGAGCAGGAGAUCGCCACCUACCGCAGCCUGCUGGAGGGCCAGGACUCCAGGAUGGCUGGCAUUGGUGCCCGAGAAGCCUCCCUGGGAGGUGGUGGUGGCAAAAUCCGCAUCAACGUGGAGGAGUCGAUGGAUGGGAAGGUGGUUUCUUCCCGUAAGAGAGAGAUCUGAGUGCCCGGCGGGGGCGCCUCCCUCAGCCCCCUCGCCCGGCUGGCAGGGGACUGGCCAGAGGGCCGG